GCGAACUUCAUACCUGCAGCUAACUUCAUAAUAUUGUUCGAUCAUCGGUCAAGCGGUUGAAUAUUUCGUAAUUAGACAAUAUUUUUAAAGCUGUGCCAAUAAUUAUUACUAUUUAGUGUUCGUUUAUCAAUAAUAUUUAGUAGAAAACCGUUUUUUCGAUAGGAUAUAAUCGCGAACGUGCAUAUGCUUUGUUGUGAGAACCACCUUUAUCUGCUGUCAUUUUGAGCUAUGCAACACAAUUUUUUCGACUUCUCGAUAAUGAAAUAUAACUUAGCGGUGGAAUAGUGCGUCUCGGACAAAACAAACGGGCAGUGGUCUCCGAAGGUCGUGUACUCGUCGAGGGUUCGCGAUGUGGCAUCAGUGGGUGGUGUGAUCUGGAGAAUGUGCGGUGGCGUUUAGUGCGUGAAGACGUGAGAAAGGGUGUCAGUAUGGAGGUAGUGGUGAAGGACGAGGAGCGCAUGCGGCGGCUUCGCGCGCUGGAGGAGCGGCUGUGCGACCCGCGGUCACCGGGCAACGUGGACUCGUUGCUGGACACGGUCGCGGCGCUGGUCUCCGACUGCGACCACCCGGCCAUACGUCGCAUGAAGAACGUCGAGGCCUACACUAGCAGAUAUGAAGAGUUUGCAUCUGAAAUUGUUGAUCUUCGUAUGAAGGCAGCAGAUUUUGACCUAAUAAAAGUGAUAGGUCGGGGAGCAUUCGGGGAAGUGCAACUAGUCAGACACAAGUCCACACGUCACGUGUACGCCAUGAAGCUGCUGAGCAAAGUAGAGAUGAUCAAAAGAUCAGACUCCACCUUCUUUUGGGAGGAGAGACACAUAAUGGCACACGCUAACUCAGAAUGGAUUCUCAAAUUACAUUUUGCCUUCCAAGACCACAAGUAUCUUUACAUGGUAAUGGAUUACAUGCCUGGUGGUGAUCUUGUUAGUCUCAUGUCUAAUUAUGAUAUACCCGAGAAGUGGGCCAAGUUUUAUACAAUGGAAAUAGUGCUGGCAUUAGACGUAAUCCAUAACAUGGGGUUUGUUCACCGAGAUGUAAAGCCGGAUAACAUGCUAAUUGACAAGUAUGGUCACUUAAAAUUAGCAGAUUUUGGCACCUGCAUGAGAAUGGGCCCUGAUGGGCUGGUGAGAGCUAGCAAUGCUGUAGGGACUCCAGAUUAUAUUUCUCCUGAGGUCUUACAGUCCCAAAAUGGAGAAGGAGUGUAUGGCCGUGAAUGUGAUUGGUGGGCUGUGGGUAUAUUUUUGUAUGAAAUGUUAAUUGGGGAUCCACCCUUUUACGCUGAGAGCUUAGUAGGAACUUAUGGGAAAAUUAUGGAUCACAGAAACUCUUUACAGUUUCCUGAUGAUGUAGAAAUAUCUAAAGAGGCCAAGUCUCUUAUAAGAGGGCUGCUUACAGACAGAGUUAGAAGAUUAGGUAAGAAUAGUGUUGAUGAAAUCAAGCAACACCCAUUCUUUUACAAUGAACAGUGGAGCUUCGAUAAUCUCAGAGACUCUGUGCCACCUGUAGUCCCUGAGCUGUCCAGUGAUGAUGACACUAAAAAUUUUGAUGAAAUUGAAAAAUCUGAUGCAUUAGAUGAAUCUUUUCCAGUGCCAAAAGCAUUUGUUGGCAACCAUUUACCCUUUGUGGGCUUCACUUACAAUGGGGAUUACCAACUGUGUGGUCGUAGGAACCAGCACACAGAUGUUGUAGACACAAUCUCAACCAAUCAUAUUAACAAUGUUGGUUCUGAAGCAAUUUUGCAGCUAGAGAAACUUUUAGAGAGAGAGAGGGAUGGCAGACGUAAACUUGAGGAUAGACAAGUGAGCCUUUGUGCUCAGUUGGAAGAACUGUCUCAGAGAGAAUCUAGAAGUAAAAAAUUAAUAGCAGACACUGACAAAGAGUUGGCAUUACUCCGACAUGACCUUAAGGAAAUUCAGCGCAAGGCAGAGAUUGAAGCAGAGUCAAGAAGGAAAGCAGAAAUGAACUACAGUGAAGCCAAAAGACGACUCGAGGAAGAACAGAACAAGAGAGCAAAAGAAAUGAGCAACCUACAAAAUUACAAUGAUAAAAUCAACACCCUAGAAAAGCAGUUGACGGAAUUACGCGAGAAACUAAAGCAGGAGUCGGAGGCUGCGGCUAAGGCGCGGAAACAGGCGGCAGAGAUGACGGCUGCGCAGGCUGCCGCCGCCGCCGUCAGCGACGGGACAACGGCGCGUCUGCGCGCGCAGCGGGACUCGCUCGAGCGCGAGCGGGCGACGUUAGCCGACGAGCUGGCCGCUGCGAAGGCCGGCAAGCAGCGUGCCGAGGCCGCCGUGGCCGAGGCGGGUGGCCGCCUCAGCGCUGCGCACGCAGAGCUCGAGCGCUCGGCCGCGCGCUUGGGGCAGGUGGCCAACGACAACCGUCAGCUGACGGAGCGCGUGUCGCAGCUCGAGAAGGAGUGCGCGUCGCUGGCGCACGAGCGCUCCGCCGCGCACCACCUGUACCAGCAAGAGCUCCGCGCCCACCAGGACACGCAACGCUCGCAGCUGCUUUCCAAGCAGGAAGCCAACCUCGAGCUAGUCAAAGCGCUGCAAGCUAAGCUGAACGAAGAGAAGGCGGGGCGGCAGCGCGCCGAGGCCACGUGCCAGGAGAAGGACCGCCAGAUGUCCAUGCUCAACGUCGACUACCGCCAGAUGCAGCAGCGCCUGCAGAAGCUGGAGGGCGAGCAUCGCCAGGAAAGCGAGAAGGUGGUGGGCCUGCAAGCGGCCCUCGAGCAGGAGCGCGCCGCGCGCUGCGCCGGGGCGGGCGAGACGGCCGCCGCCGAGGCCGCCGCGCGCGCCGCCGCCGCCGAGCGCGACGCGCGCGCCCGCGACCUGCACAACGUGCGCCAGGCCCUGCACACCGCCUCCGAGAAGCUGGCCGCUGCGAGUGCUGAACGAGACAUGUAUUACACUAGGAGCGAGGAGCUGCGGUCUCAGCUGGAGAACGAGCAACACUUCAGCCACGUGUACCGCGCGCAGGUGGGCGAGGUGCGCGCGCAGCUCGAGGAGAGCGCCCGCGCCGCGCGCGACCUCGAGCAGGAGCGCUCCAGCCUCAUGCACCAGCUGCAGCUGGCCAUCGCGCGCGCCGACUCCGAGGCCAUCGCCAGAUCGAUAGCAGAGGAGACAGUCGGCGAGCUCGAAAAGGAAAAGACCAUGAAAGAGCUAGAAAUGCGCGACGCUCUAGCUACGCACCGCAGCGAGUUAGCCGCGCGAGACUCUCUCGUGCAAGGCCUGCGCGACCGCGAGCAUGAGAAUCGCGCCACCAUCGAUCUGCAACGGAAGGAGGUAGACGAGUUGCGGCGCAGCGGCACGGCGCUGGCCGAGCGCGUGGCGGGGCUGCAGCGGCUACAGGAGGAGGUGGAGCGGCUCAACAAGAAGCUCAACUCCGAGAUCAUGCUCAAGCAGCAGGCCGUCAACAAGCUGGCCGAGAUCAUGAACAGGAAAGACAUGAACCCGGCCGUGACAAAGAACAAGAGCAAGAUGUCUGUGCGCAAGGACAAAGACUACCGCAAGCUGCAACAGGAGCUCACCCGCGAGAAGGACAAGUUCGAUCAGCAGGUGGCCAAGAUGCAGCGCGACCUGCAGGACACGCAGCAGCAGCUGCUGGAGGAGCAGCAGACCCGGCUGAAGCUCGCCAUGGAGGUCGACAGCAAAGACGUAGAAAUCGAGCAGCUAAAAGAAAAACUCGCCGCGCUGACCUCCGAAACAGCAUCCCAAUCCUCCGCCGACGCAGAAGAUGGGGAGACAGAGCAGACCCUCGAAGGCUGGCUGUCCGUGCCGAUCAAACAGAACAUAAGGCGCCACGGCUGGCGCAAGCAAUAUGUAGUGGUGUCAUCGAAGAAGAUCAUCUUCUAUAACUCAGAGAGUGAUAAGCAGAACACUACGGAUCCUGUUAUGAUCUUGGAUUUGAGCAAAGUGUUCCAUGUACGGUCAGUGACACAAGGCGACGUGAUCCGCGCAGACGCCAAGGACAUCCCUCGGAUAUUCCAACUGCUGUACGCUGGCGAGGGCGAGGCGCGGCGGCCGCAGGACGCGCUCGACCAGCCGCAGGACCAGACCGACCAGCAUGGCAACACGGUGCAGCACAAGGGGCACGACCUGGUCAGCAUCACGUACCACAUCCCGACGGCGUGCGAGGUGUGCACGCGCCCGCUGUGGCACAUGUUCCGUCCGCCGCAGGCCUACGAGUGCCGCCGAUGCCGCAUGAAGAUCCACGCGGAGCACGUGUCGGAGGCGGAGUCGGUGGCGGCGUGCAAGCUGCACGCGGACCGCGCACGCGAGCUGCUGCUGCUGGCGCCCGGCGCGCCCGACCAGCGCCGCUGGGUGGCGCGCCUGGCGCGCCGCGUGCAGCGCUACGGCUACCGCGCCGCGCACACCAACCACGACCACACCAAGCUGUCGCCCAGAGACUCGAUGCGCUCCAACCUGAAGAUAUCGUACAUGAACGCGAGCCAGCGCAGCUCCACGCUGCCCGCCAACGCGUCGCUGCCGCGCCAGUAGCGCCGCCUGUGCUCGCGAACGUACACUGACGAUGGCAACAUGUUUGGAUCCCAAUUUCGUUCAUCACCCAUCGGUUUGUACUAACAUUAUAUUUUCGUAGACGUCAUUUGUUUUAAAUGUGAUCGGUUUUCGUCCGCUCAACGGCGUUAUAUUUUGUUACGAUAUUUUUCGAUGAAUCUAUUGAAAAUUUGUUUUUGUAACUUAUUCAGUGAUUUAUAAAAUAAGCUAGUCUCAUGUAGUAAGUUCAAAUUGCGCCUAAGUUAAAUGAUUCAGCUUGACUGCUGUGAUAGUUUUUGAUAAUUUACAAGUGAGUACUUACAUAUGAAUAUGACACGCGUUUGGAUCGAUCGAAGCGUCGCAGGAACUCAAUUCGCGCCUUCACAUUUGCAAAGUUUUCGUACAGUAUUUGACAGUUGUCAAACAUAAUUUGCACCUUUAUGCCAGUUGGGCCCUAAUGACGUGAUGCCUGCAAUAAUAUUUUGCAUUUAUUUUUGCCUUUGGCACAUUUAUCUCGAAUUCAUACAGAUGAACGAACAGCGUCAAAUUGAGUGCCUGGGCGAUCACGACUGCGAUCACCUCUCGAGUUAAUAUUAUACAGCAGCAUACAUUGUUUAUAAAAUAGCUCAUACGCAGACUAUGAUAAUAUUAAUUUUAGGGUGUUUAUUAUAACACAAUACGUAGACUCUCAGGGUAUCUUCUUGCAUCCUCGCGUCCAUCCAGUUAAGACUACUCGAUAGUUUUGUACACGCGCCUUCAUCUUACAACAUCAAGGCAACGAUCAUAAAGUUGCAGUUUAAACAUUAAUUUUGGCUAUAACUUGGCCAGAUAUAUAAUGUGAAUUACACAAAAUUGUGAAUGACAGUGAAUAUUUGCAUUUUAAUUUGUUUCUAAGAGCUGAAUAGGUUCGUUCGCAGACGUUUCUGCUUGAUACAAAAUUCAUUCAGAUUUAAUGUACUAAAUUCAUGUUAUUCUUAGUAAAAGUACAAGUAACAAUAAAAGUUCCACAUUUAUACUCCCUGUGCUAUCAGAACACGACGGCAUGUUUUUUUUCUGGGACCUCAAAUCUCUACCUAUGUAAGAUCUUUGCAAUUCCAUAGUAAACAAGUACCUUACUUCGUUUACCACUGAUUAAAUAAUAAUAUGUAUGUUACUUUACUCUGACAUAGUAUAUUUCUGUUUAUUUUGUAACGCCUAUAACCAGAUUUGCAUUUUAUUAUAUUUAGAUAUUUUUUGUUAUAUUUUUGUGUUAAAAUUCUUUGUGUUUUAAUUGUUCAUAACCAACUUAUUUGUUAUUAUUACUGUAGAAAAGGUUCCAGAAUUACGUAAAGAUUAUUUUUUUUUAUGUUGUGGUCUAAUACUAUCAAUGUUUUUAAAAAACCCGUACGGCCUACACUGGUGUAAUUUAAAAAUAAUGGCCAAGCACAGCCAUAAACGUUCCAAUUAAAUGUUAUCGGUAUACCGACGGAAUUGUGACUGAAUAGGGUCUUAUAAAUUGGUGAUAAUCUGAUUCUAAACCCAAUUUUAUAUGUUGUAUUGCACUUUUUAAUAACUAAUUAAUCAAUAUGGAAAUAGCGGUAGUGACAGAAUGUAAUUAUAAUGAAUUAAUGACAUUUCAUCUGAUGUCAAGUCUUAAAAACUGGCGUAUGUUUCUUUAAGGGAAACAACGUUACAACAUCGGUCCGUUUGAAAAUCGAGCUUUUUAACAUUACUUAUAGUAGUCAAUACUACUGACACUAUGUGACAUGCUGUGACAUUCACACUAUUGCUAAUAACUGCACUGGUUACUAAACUAUUCACAUUCUGCACUCGUUGCGUUCUUCUAGAUAGGAGUAUUACGAGUAAUGUGAGCACUCUUGACGGGACCUAACGUGUUAGAGUAUGCAACGUGCUGCCGCACUUGCAACAUAACGAAAUCAGUGCCAUAAGUGAUUUGUUUAGUGAAACGGCUCCGGUAGUUGCUCAAAACCAUUUUCCACUAAAUCCAGCGAGUUACUUAAUUAUAUAAGACUCCCAUUCGGGCUUCCUUGAAUCAUACGAUCUUUUUAUACUGUUUAGACUAGUGUUAUGCGCUUAUUGUAUCGUUAUUAUAAUCGCGUUUUGUAGGUUAUGCGAACUUAUACUAUCUAAAUGCCUAAUUCUGUGUCUGACUAAUCUGGCGGGGCACUGAUAUUUAUGUGAUUCAAAGCAAUAAAAACAAUCGGUUGUCGCACAGUGUAUCGACUAAUAUAAUCUUAUUCGGAGUAUAUGGGUGCCAAAUGUCUGAUUUGGUGAAUUACCUAUUAAUGGUACAAAACUUGUAAUUAUCCCUAGUCGCUAAAUGCCGCGAGACGGCGUCAGUCGAGGGGUUAUUGCGAUGCCAAGUCAAUACUUUUAAACACCAAUUUUAUUACGCCUUCGUAGGUUUAUAUAACAUUUUCUACAGAUGUGAUUUUAAAGUACAAAAGUGUCGAGAGUACAUUCUUGUUCAUGUACUGACCUUGCCAGAAGUCAAGUGGUAAUGCGGUAUUACUCUUGGCGGCUCGCUCAAUUGUUUAAGGCCCGAACAGACGGAAUGCAUUCCAGCUGCGCCUUAUGCAUAAUAGAAACUGUACCUUAACAACGCAGACGGCGUAAUACAAGUUGCAGUGUAGUAUUUCGUUUUAGUUUUUGGCUAAUACAAAUACAAAGCAAUUCAACAAUCGUUAUAACCAUCUUGAAGGUCUAACGGAUCAUCAGCACUAUAUUUAAGAACAAUAUGAUUACAAGUCUUAUACAUAAAGGGCCUUCCAAGGCGCGCCACGCGUCGGCCCGACUACACAUGGAUGACCCUUUAUCUAUUAUUGGACUUGUAAUCUGUUAUUCAUAGAGACAGUCUAUAAUCCGUGGGACCUUCAAGACGGUUUUGACGACUGUUUAAUACCGUGUUUUGCGGGAAACCUAACAAUUGCUUUGUAUUUCUUAAAUACACUGUAAAUUGGAUUGGUCAAAAACAAAAACGAAACACUAUAGAAUUCAAUCCGUCUGCUGGAGCUAGUGAUCCAAAAGGCUCGAGCGUUUUGGAUCACUAGCUGGAGCCUUUUGGAAGGGCAUACCGCGCUCGUUGAGCUGUGAUAGUGAAGAAGUGUCUACGAACACCCGUGGUGCUACAGGAAGCACGCCUCCGACGCAUUGUUGUUACUAGUGGUUCUUGUUGAAUAGAUGCGCUGUUUAUUAUUGCUCUACACACUGUUUACAUUCCUCCGACGAAAGCUAUGUUGAGUUUUGUUUAUCUUAGUUUUAUAUUGACUCAAGUUCAACUCUCUCGCUUGUCCAGUUAUCGCUUUUAUAUACUUUUAGAUAUAAGUCCGAAACAAUCUCUGUUCAUUUAUGUACUGACAUACGAAUUUCAAAUUUACCUAGGUACUUAAGUGUUUGAUAGAUGGCAAUCACCGUAGUUAUACGCUUAUUUUUGAGAUGCAUUUUUAAAUAUAAUAUGAUUAGGCAGCUGUUGCAUCGUGUUACUCCAUUCCAUGAUAUUUUAUUUUUCGCGCGUUUGGAAAUGGUUCGUUUGCCAAAGAAAUUUUGAAAAUCAGCAAAAACAAAAUUAUUUCACGUCUUAUUUUAAUAGUCCACGUUUUGUUUCCGUGCUUGUCAUUAAUAUUAAUUCAGUAUGAUAAUAAUUAUUGUUAUUUACUAUGCAUAAUUAUAAACCUGAUUUUAUUACACGACAUUUUGCGGGAGUAUUUUUUUAAGUAAUCGUAGCCUUAUCCUUUAUACACGUUAGUAUGUUAAGAAAUACUCCCAAAUUGUCUGACGUAUAACACUCCGAUAGUGGACAAUGUAAAAUCAUAUUAUGUAAAUUAUUUAUUAUUAUUCAAUUACAUCUCUUAUUGUAACGUUUUAUUUAUCGAGCUAAAAUUGUAAGUUCCUAACUAGCUAGCUUCUCAUUUGUAAAGUAUACUUCUCAGUUAGCUUGUCGCUGAUAGUUUGUUCGGCUUAACAGUUAUCGCGUAGUAGGUGUAACGUUAUUACUCUAAUACAUUAUGAAUCUAUUACUUUAUAAAAUGAUUUCGGAAUUGAGUCUGCGCCUGUGCGCGGGCCGGGCGAAUAAUAAUUAUUAUAUAUGCCUACGUAUACGUGUCAUGCAAUAUACUAAUACCACGUGCCUUAGCUACGGCCCACUCCCAUAUCAUCUAGGCAAACUAUGUUAAAUCUAUCAAUAGUUAUUAUAAUGUACAUAUGUUUUAAAAUAAACCGAUAUUUUAUGGAUUUUUAAGGAAUUUGUAUAUUGUAAAGAUUAUUAAUUAAUUUUAUCAUAAAAUUAAUGCCUAGCUAAUAAGUGCUACAUUUGUGAAAAAUAAAUAACAUUUAAAAACUCA